CGAGAUCAGCAUCGAUCGUAAAUUGAGUGCUAUGCUGGCGGAACACAGUUCAGUUUGAACAAAGCACUCGGAGCGGUCGCAAGUUCCGGUUAAAAAGCGAGAAUGAGGUUCGAAAGUCUUCUGAUUAUCUGCACUAGCGUGCUUCUCCACUUACAGAUGGGAGCAACUUCACCUGUGGGCAGUGCACUCCCCCCUUCUGUGUACGCACAGGCUAGGCGUUGGAACCUGAAUGAAGAAGUAGUAAAUAAUAUGCGGCUCAAUAGAAAGCCGUGGAUUGUCUCAGAAACUAUACCGAGCGGUGUGGUGAUUAGGAAUAUCUUCGAGUUGAGUCACAACGAAAGGCUGUCAAGGAAAACGCAAGUCAUGUUCCCACACAAUCGAGGCAAUCUGGAAUUUCUAUUAUGCCAGUGGCAAUCGUUAUUCGAAUUUCUCUAUGACUUUAAUAUCAUGCAAUUGGGUUCGCAAUUUAUUCCUCCCGGAGUAGAUCGUCCUGCGAAUUAUCCUUGCCGAGGAAAUCCCUGGUUGAAGGAGCAGGAUGAAAGGAACUUAGGACCUCAAGACUUCCCCAAGGGCAAUGAACGCAUUCCCCAUAGAACCGGAAAUGAUAGAAGGCCGCCAAACCCACCUUCACCACAGCGGCCUAUGGCACCCACGCCCACCCUGACACCUUCAAACCCACCUUCACCACAGCGGCCUAUGGCACCCACGCCCACCCUGACACCUCCAAACCCACCUUCACCACAGCGGCCUAUGGCACCUAUGACACCCCCAAACCUGGAUGAUACGCAGCCCAUAUGGGUUCCAGUCCCGGAUCCAACAUCAACCGAGCGAAGUUCGGUCCCACUGCCCACGGUUGCACCCAAAGGCAAUGGAUCUGACCCGGUAAUUGAUGACUUUUUGGCAAAGGUGGAUCUCACUGUCGCGGACAUCAAGGAGGAGGAUGGCCAGUUGGUCACCACAAUCGUGGACAAACAAGGACGAGUUCUAAGUGUCAGUUUUGCUCUGAGUGAGAAUGACAAAGGGCAAGAGCGUGUGGCGAACUAGAAAGCCACACUACGAGAUGAUAUACAUAUACAGAAAAAGUGAACGAAAAAUAUAAGAAACUUAAAGUCAACAGCUUAACAAGAUUAGUAUAAAUAAUAUGAAUAAAUUUAGGUUUACCCCC